AUGAUAUCAUUUGAAAAGUAUUUCGAUAUAAAACCAUUUGUAAUGAUGUUCACAAAGAAAGCAUACCUAAGCGCGUGUUUCGGUAGUUUUGUUGAUCAGUCUCUCAAAGACCGAUUGGCAAACGCUUUUGACAAACUGUUUGUCGCCAACAAAACUCAUCGAUCAUUGAUAGCACAGAUAUAUAGAAAAUGUGAUCAUUUUAUGACCGGAAAAUCCGUAGACAUCCGAGUGAUCGGCGAAAUCGGUACUAUUGUCGAUGAGAUUCUCAGAAAACGUAAAACUAAUAGUUGUAAAAACUCUUUAUUGUUUAUGCUAUCGGACGCCAAUCGGGACAUUGAUAAAAAUCAACGAUUGACAAAUAAGCAGAUCAUCGACAGUGUCAUAAUGAUAGCCAUUAUUGGCUAUCAGACAUCAGUGGUCAGUAUUUUACAUUUGAUCCAUUGCCUGGCCAUCAAUCAGGGCGUUCAGCAAAAACUCAUCAAAGAAAUUGACAAAUAUUUUGACAACAAUAACAACGAUGAUAAAAAUGAUGUGAUUACCAAUAAUGUCAAAACUAAUAAUAAGAAAAAUGAUAACAAUAUAAGUGAUGACAACGAUGAGGGACAGGGAGUUACUGAUAAAAUUGAAUCUAUGCCUUACUUAGAUGCCUGUAUCAAUGAAACUAUAAGACAGUAUCCACCCGUUUCACUAAUUAAACGUCGGGUCAUCAAAGAGUUAACACUUGACUGUUUGAAUUUACCAAAAGAUUGUCACCUAAUGAUACCGGUAUUGGCAAUGCAUAAAAGUGCCGAUAAUUAUGCCGAACCAAAUCAGUUCAAACCGGACCGAUUUUUGCAGCAUAACAAGUCCACAAAACUCGAGUAUAGCCCAUGGAGUUGA